UUUUGAAGUCUAUUUUUAUAAUUGAGUGGUCUCAAUUCGAGAGGAGAGAGCAAUCAUCCAAAAAUCGAUCUGGAACGAGCAGAGGUCUGUGAACUCGAGCUGUGAGAGUGCUGAGACUGUUUGGUCGAUAUCUCGAGUUUUACAAAUCCAAUUAAGGCGUGUGAGAUACCCACAGAAAGCUCUCAAGACGAGGAAUCCGUGAAGGUCUGGUUUGCAGGAAUCGGAGUUGUGGAAGGCUUCCAAAUCGUCCGAGCAAAACACAACCUCGCAGGAGAGGAUUUAAUCUUCUAAAAGAAACGAGUUGACCGGGAAACACCCGUUCUAGGGGCUGUUUUCGUAUCAACGAUUAAGGGUUGAACUAGCACUUUGAGGAGGCUGUUUAACACUCAUAUUUAAGCAAGGAAUCAGUUCCAAAUCCACCUUGACCAAAGCUUUGACCAUUGGACCAAGAAGGGAAAGUUUAAAGCUCAAUUGAGGUUGAGGCUAGAGCUUGCUUCCUGUGCUCGUUGCUCGAGAGAUCAUCUAGGGGCGAAGACUUGAAAUGGACCGUGGUGGCAGGAUUACUAGGAGAAACCCGACGGGCCGUGUACCAGUGGAGACUGGACAGGGCAUUCGAAGGACCUCUAGGGCAUCUAGAGGAGCUGGCCGUGGAGGCCGAUCACAGACCGUGAGUGACGGUCAUGUUGACACGGAAAGUGAGACCUACUGGUCCUAUGAGGACUCGACUUACCAACCGGAGACAGAGCCGGUUGAGACCCCUUAUGAAGGGGAUGAUGACGAUGUAAGUGAUGAGGAGGAAAAUGGCUCCUUAGCACGGAUCGAAGCACUACUCCAACAAUACCACAGGGAGCGUGAAGAGAGGAGGCAACGCCGAAGACGCCGAGCGGGGCAACCUUCGGGCAUGGCUUCAAGAGGAGGAAGUCAUGGUGCAUCUAGAGUCCAUGUGGAACCACAUGGAGGCCGAAAUGAUGGAGGUCCAACCAUAAGGAUCUCCAAAUUUAUCAAAGAAGCAAGGGACUUGGGGUGCAAACCCUUUGAUGGGGCAGGGGACAUUUCAGUUGCAGCACAAUGGAUCAAGAGGCUAAAUGAAGCAGCCCUUGACAUGCAAAUCGCGCCGAAUCUCAAACUGAGAAUUGCGGUAAGAUUGCUCGAGGGGAUGGCAUCCAAGUGGUGGGAUGGAACCAAGAGCAAGUACGGUGAGACCGUCGUUUGGGAGGACUUCCAACGGGAGUUCUUUGCCCAAUAUUAUUCUGAUUUUGAAGUAAACAAGAAGGUGAGGGAAUACACCCUCCUAACCCAAGGGGGUAACAUGACAGUGAAGGAACUUGAGUACAAGUUCCGGGAUCUCGCCGACUACAUACCGGAGUAUGCUUGUGACGAGAACCGAAUGGUAAACCACUUUUGGGAUGCUCUUGACUUGGAGAUACGUGAUAGGGCAACACAAUUGCCUAAUAUGACUUUCGCCCAAGUGGUUGACCAAGCGUUGAAAGGAGAGAAACAAUGGGAAGAAAGGAAGAAGAAAGACGCCGAAGAGGCGAAAAAGAGAAAGUGGGAGAGUCAUGGCUCUCAAGGUUCCAACAAGGGGAAUCAUGGGGGAGGACCUUUCCGAGCACCACCGCCACCAUCUAGGGGGAACCAAGGCCCGAGUGGGCAAGGCUCGAGGUCACAAGCCUCAGUGGUAACUCGUUGCAACAAUUGCAAGAAACACCACUCCGGUAAAUGUCGUGACCCCCCUAGAUGUUUCCAAUGUGGGGAUGCCGGACACUUGAAGGCGCAUUGCCCCCAGUUGGGUGGGGCAAGGACAUCAGGACCAAGUAGCGGGGCUGCGGGAAGUAGAAACCAAGCCGGGGGCUCCCAAGUAACCAGGGGGCAAGGGGGAGCAAGCGCGAGUAACGCGCCGUCCGUGAAUCAAGGAAGGACGCAAGCUAGAGUCUAUGCAAUGACCGAGGCCGAUGCUCGGGCUAAUCCCGACUCCAUCGCUGGUUGAGGCUAGAGCUUGCUUCCUGUGCUCGUUGCUCGAGAGAUCAUCUAGGGGCGAAGACUUGGUUCGUGCUUCCUCCAUUCGGAUUUUAAACAUUAAUAAACAUGCUCAUGGAUAUUUUAUUAUAGAGCCUGCGUGCUCAUGAAUAGCCCUGUGUGGCCCUUUUGUUUUAAACAAUGUUUUCCGCUGCUUUAUGAAUUACUUAUUAUGUUGUU